AUGUCGUCAAGUUCCGAAAAGGGAGAUUUUAUCUCAAUCGUGGAGAGAGAUCAGUCAGGCAUCAUUACAGCUGAGUAUCGACAACAGGGGAACCAGAAUAUCGUGCAGGUCCACCAGGUAGUUCAAAGCAAUUCACUCCAGCCGCAAGCCAUUAGCCAUAUUCAGAAUAUCAUCAACAUAUUUCUCCCAGCCGGGUAUCCUAAAAGUGUUACAGAUGAUUAUCUAGACGGGGACCUAGCCGUUGGAUUCGAGGAUUCUAAUGCAUCCACCACCGCGGCCGUCUUGCUAAAGAUUGUUCAAGACUCGAUCGGCAGAGUCGCUACCAUCCUAUUCGCCCACCGACUAGGUAGCUCGCUCGAGCCGGAAUGCAAACGUUUCCGAUUCGCGGCUGAUAUAUUCAAUGACUCGGCGUUGAUCGUGGAUUGCUUGUCCCCGGUGUUCCCUAAACCCUUGAGGGUCGUGCUCUUGAGCACUGCGGGGACGCUAAGAGCCUUGUGUGGCGUUGCUGGCGGAGGGUCCAAAGCUCAGUUGAGUGUGCAUUUUUCAAAAUGGGGUAAUGUUGCCGAGUUGAACGCAAAAGAUUCAAGUCAGGAAACAGUUAUCAGCUUGAUGGGAAUGUUGAUGAGAGCUGACCAAACACUCCGGGUCAAGGCGGGAAGUUUGGUCAUCUCGUCGGUCACAUCUAAAACGGCUACAUGGGCGUCAAUGCUAUUUCUGAUAGCUGUUCACCUCUGGACCAACUACCGAGCUGUGAAGGCGGUGACCAUGGUGACGCUAAACCGGCAAAGGGCAAAUUCCGUUAUGUCAACGUUUGCUGAAACUGGUGUCAUGUUGACGCCGAAAGAUGUGGCAAGACAAGAGCGCAUCUUUGAGCGAGAUGGCGUCCUCAGGUGGUGCGACGGGGCUGUUGUCGGCUGGGGGGUCAUAGGGACAAAGUUGUCGUCUAUAGUUGCCCGGAAGUCGGCUUCUGGGAGCUUGUCGCUGGCGGAGGUCGCAAAAGCUUGCCCAACGGAGCAGUAUAUGCUUUGGUUUGGGGAUAAGCUUCGAGACAUACGCGUAUGUAUAUGCCUCGAAAAUGGCUGUACACCCGCCGGACAGUUUAGGGCUUGGAUGCACGGUCUCCUAUCGGCAAAGCUACUAUCCGACAGGCGAUCACAGGCGGUUACGGAGUCGGACGCUUUACGGGCUCUCGUCGAUGCGAAACGCCAGCUUGAUGGGAUAUUUGAAGAGUUUCUUGAGAAAGCUGCCGAGGCUGGUUGGGAUACUGGGGAUCCACAGCUCGAGACCUCAAGUUCAUACAGAUAUGAACGCACAAAGCUGCAGCAGAAAGAUUUAUAA